AUGGAUGAUGGUGGCAGUGCCAUGGAGCACGGCCACACAACUUCGAUGCCGGGGCAGGUGGGCUCGGGCGUUGAACGGCUCCAUGGGAGCAGCAACAUGCGGCGCAUCCAGUCGGGCUUGGGCAGUGCCCCGGCGCCGGACGCACGCGCUGGUUUCCGGCAAGCUGGACAUGAGUUGAUCUUUAUCGCAUGCUUGCUUCUCAUGCUUGAAUUUAUAGGUGAUGGAAGUGUGCCCUAUGUUAAUAGGGUGAGCAUCGGUGAAGCUAGAAGGAGGGAAAAUGUCAACCCCAACAACGAAGAUAACAUUCUGAUGGGGAAUGGUUCAGCUCCAAGAGAGACAACUUGGAAAGGGCUUGUAAGCAAUGACAUCUAUUAUAUUUGGAACCAUGGCCCCAAGUUUGGUGGGGGAUUUGAUUGUCGGUACUGCCCUCUAAUCACUAGAGGGGGAGGUGCAACCCGCUUUAGGGAGCACCUUGGAGGUAUACCAGGUGAUGUGAGGGAGUGUCCUAAUGUUCCAAGAAAUAUUCGUGCUGCAAUGAGGGAAUCCCGGGAUGACUCAAUGUGGAGGAAGAGGGAAAAGAAAAAUCGCAGAUUUCGUUUGGAAAGGGAUAUCAUGGAAGGGUUGUACCAUGGAGAAGGGGUGAUAAAUAUUGAAGAUGACGAGAAAGAGAUUCAGGCCGCACUUCGGGAGACACUAAGAGACAAGAAUGUCUCUCACGCAGUUGAGAGGAGGCGUGGGAGUGGCAGUGGUGUUCGUGUGUCUCUUGGGAAACAGAGUAUCACAACAUACUUUGACAAGGAAUUGUCAAGCAACAAAGUAUCAAUGCAGCCAAAGAUCAACACUGCUUUGAAUGUUGAGUCAAAAGAUGUACUUGGCCAAGCUUGGGCAAAGUUUUUUCAUGCUAAUGACAUUGCUGGUCUGAAAGCAAAUUGUCCCUAUUUUCGUGCGGCUGUCAAGAUAACUCAAAACCUUGGCCCAGCUCCUGUUCCAACUGCCAAGGAGAUUGAUGGGAUGUAUUUGGACAAGAAUUAUGAAGAAGCUGAGCAGUGGUUGAACAUGUUCAAGCAAGACUGGAGGAACUAUGGUGUAACUGUGAUGUGUGACUCAUGGACAGGGCCUACUGGUAUGAGUCUCAUCAAUUUCAUGGUGUAUUGCAAUGCAUGGAUGUUCUUUCAUAAAUCCAUUGAUGCUUCUGGUCAAACUCAGACUGCAGAGUUUAUCUAUAGAGAGAUCAUAAAGGUCGUUGUGGAAGAGAUAGGUUCUGAGAAUGUUUUUCAAAUCGUAACUGAUAAUGGGUCAAAUUACAAGAAAGCAUGUAAAACUCUGGUAGAACAACCAGAGUUUAGUCAUAUUGUUUGGCAGCCAUGUGCUGCCCACACUGUUAACCUCAUGCUUAAGGAUGUUGCUAAGUUUUGUGAGAUUGACGUGAUAGUUAAAAGUGCUAAGCAGAUCUGUAGAUUUUUCUACAAUCACAAUAACCUACAUGAUAGCAUGAAAAAGAACAUUGGUGGUGAACUCAUAAAACCGAAUGCGACCCGGUUCGGAACGGUGUUCAUGUUCUUGGAGAGUUUCCAUUGUAAGAAAGAUGAGUUUAGGAAAUUGAUGGUGUCCGAUGAUUGGAAGGGAAGUACUUGGAAUGGUGCUGCUGAUUAUGUGUUUGCUGAAGAGCUGCUAUCUAGUAAUAUGUGGUGGGCAGCUUUAGAGUGGGUUCUUGCUGUGCUAGAGCCACUCUACAAAGCCCUUAGAUAUGACGAUACACAAAAGAGAUGCACCCUAUCUGGAUUCAAGAAGAGUAUGAUGACAGCCAUACAAAAGUUGGAAAGUCAUCUUGGUGGUGGAUCACAAAUGUUUCAUAGAGUCAUGAGCAAGGUGUCCAAGAGGAUCGAUGCUAUGCAAGAAGGCACACUAUUGGUUGUAGCUGCUGUCCUUGAUCCUUAGACACAUUAUCAGAUCAACAUGUGCAAGAUGAUGGACUAUGCUCUUGCACUAACAGAUGCCAUUGAGAAGAUCGUAGACCCUGAGACGGCUAUUUUGGUUAUUGAUGAAGUCAGCACUUACAGGGAAUGUCAUGGGAGGUUUGGCUCAAGGUUGGCACGUUCCUCUGCAGAGAAAAUGUCACCAACUGAGUGGUGGUUCCAAUUUGGAGGGGAAGUUCCUAAUCUGCAGAAGUGUGCCUUGAGUAUUGUAUCACAAUGCGUUUCGUCAAGUGGCUGUGAGAGGAAUUGGAGCGCUUUUGCUUUGGUCCACACGAAG